AGUCAGCCCAGAGGUGGCUCAUUGAAAGCAGACCCUCCUCGGCGCUCGCCGGGCGGAGCAGGCGCCGCGGCCCGCAGCCCCGCCGCCAGCCGGGCAGGCCGUGCGCCCCCGCCCCGCGCCCCGCCGCCGCCGCCCCGCUCCCGCCGGCCCGGCCCGCGCGCCUGACGCGGACCAUUGAACUUGGAGCCGCCGCCUCGUCCCCUCGCUCCGCCGCCUCCUCCUGACAGGCGGGCGGGCGGGCGGCUCGGUGCGGGCAGGAGACGUGCAGCCGGGCUGGGCUGCCCGGGGAGAUGACUUCUCGCCGGGAGGGCGCCCCCGGGAAGAAGACCGCGGGGGAAGCAAAGUUUCAGGGCAGCUGAGCAGCCGGCCCCGCAGCCCUUCCGAGCCCACUCGCCCCCCUGGCGAUGGAGGGCGGACUCUAAGAUGAAUCCCGAUCCGGACACCGGCCACAACACAUCAGCACCUGCCCGCUGGGGGGAGUUGAAAAAUGCCAACUUCACUGGCCCCAACCAGACCUCGAGCAACUCCACACUGCCCCAGCUGGAUGUCACCAGGGCCAUCUCUGUGGGCCUGGUGCUGGGCGCCUUCAUCCUCUUCGCCAUCGUGGGCAACAUCCUCGUCAUCUUGUCUGUGGCCUGCAACCGGCACCUGCGGACGCCCACCAACUACUUCAUCGUCAACCUGGCCAUUGCCGACCUGCUGCUGAGCUUCACGGUCCUGCCCUUCUCGGCCGCCCUGGAGGUGCUCGGCUACUGGGUGCUGGGGCGGAUCUUCUGCGACAUCUGGGCAGCCGUGGACGUCCUGUGCUGCACGGCGUCCAUUCUGAGCUUGUGCGCCAUCUCCAUCGACCGCUACAUCGGGGUGCGCUACUCCCUGCAGUACCCCACGCUGGUCACCAGGAGGAAGGCCAUCCUGGCGCUCCUCGGUGUCUGGGUAUUGUCCACGGUCAUCUCCAUCGGGCCUCUCCUUGGGUGGAAGGAGCCAGCGCCCAACGAUGACAAGGAAUGCGGGGUCACUGAAGAACCCUUCUACGCCCUCUUCUCCUCCCUGGGCUCCUUCUACAUCCCUCUGGCGGUCAUUCUGGUCAUGUAUUGCCGCGUCUACAUCGUCGCCAAGAGAACCACCAAGAACCUGGAGGCCGGAGUCAUGAAGGAGAUGUCCAAUUCCAAGGAGCUGACCCUGAGGAUCCACUCCAAGAACUUUCACGAGGACACCCUCAGCAGUACCAGGGCCAAGGGCCACAACCCCAGGAGUUCCAUAGCUGUCAAACUUUUUAAGUUCUCCAGGGAAAAGAAAGCAGCCAAGACCCUGGGCAUUGUGGUCGGCAUGUUCAUCUUGUGUUGGCUACCCUUCUUCAUCGCUCUGCCACUUGGCUCCCUGUUCUCCACCCUGAAGCCCCCCGACGCCGUGUUCAAGGUGGUGUUCUGGCUGGGCUACUUCAACAGCUGCCUCAACCCCAUCAUCUACCCGUGCUCCAGCAAGGAGUUCAAGCGCGCCUUCGUGCGCAUCCUCGGCUGCCAGUGCCGCGGCCGCCGCCGCCGCCGUCGCCGUCGCCGCCUGGGCGGCCGCGCCUACACCUACCGGCCGUGGACGCGCGGCGGCUCGCUGGAGCGCUCGCAGUCGCGCAAGGACUCGCUGGAUGACAGCGGCAGCUGCCUGAGCGGCAGCCAGCGGACCCUGCCCUCGGCCUCGCCGAGCCCGGGCUACCUGGGCCGGGGCGCGCCGCCGCCGCCCGUCGAGCUGUGCGCCUUCCCGGAGUGGAAAGCGCCCGGCGCGCUCCUGAGCCUGCCCGCGCCCGAGCACCCCGGCCGCCGCGGCCGCCACGGCUCGGGCCCGCUCUUCACCUUCCAGCUGCUGGCCGAGCCCGAGAGCCCCGGGACCGACGGGGGCUCCGGCAACGGGGGCCGCGAGGCUGCGGCCGACGUGGCCAACGGGCAGCCGGGCUUCAAAAGCAACAUGCCCCUGGCGCCCGGGCAGCUUUAGGGCCCCUGCGCACAGCUUCCUCCCCCGGGGGAGGAAACCACCGUGGGGGGAGGGCGGGGAGUGUCCCCGCGCCCCCGGGGGACGGGGGGAGGGGCGGCUGCUUUUCUGGCAGGGGCAUGGGUGCCAGGUAGAGCGCGGAGAGCCGGGCCGAGCAUGCUGAGAGCCUGGGGGACCCGCCGCCGCCGCCGCCGCCGGGACUCACCUCCCUCCCUCUCCCCCUCUGUAUAUACAUAAACGAGUCCCUCUCUACAUGUAUUUAACCGUGGGUCCACGUGCGUGUGUCCGUGCGGUGUGCGUGUGGCCUGCGUGGGCCCCCGCGCGGGGCGAGCGAGUGUGCGCCCAGGAGGCAGCCGCGGGCGCUGUUUGUCUCGUGACUUCGUACCUCUCCAGCCCCUCCUUGUACUUCACCGAAUGGUGGCACUUCGGUGGGGUUGCAAACAAAGUCAGACAUUAAAGGUCAUUUCUCCUGU